UUCUCUUCUUUAGCUUUUUGAUGUCUUGAUAGUAAGGCGGAUGGAAUAUACACUGUGCGGUAGCCAAAUCCACAGUUAGAAUUCGAGGCAAUCAAGUCCAACUCAAUUAAAUUCUCUUCCUCGGAUCAAACACUCCAGCCACCGACUUGUAGAGUAAGCUUGCUCCAUCGAUAACAAGAGUAGUGUUCACCGUCUCUGAACCACAAACGUUCUGAAAGUCGGAAUCCACCAUAGUCACAAGCCUUCACGCCGGAAGCACCGUACGCAAGGUUAUCAGCCUUUCUAGAAAGCGAGAAGUUUCUUCGAGUGCGACUUUAGAAACACUUUGCCGAGUGGUUAUUACGAAGAACCGGAAGGCCCUGUCAUGCGCGGCUUGCUUCGAAAAAAGACUCGAAGGACCCAGAAACUUAGCAAAAGAAGCCAACAUAACACUGCUAUUCCCUCGAUUGGUAAUUGGCAGUCGCGCUUUACAAACGGCCAAAAUACGCGAUCCUUCUUACUCUCCUUUAUUCAAACUGAUGUUGAGGUUUAUAGCAGCUUAAGCACGAAACAGCUGACAAUUGAUGAUAUAACUGUAGGGGAUGGCAGUUAUAUCAUUUUUUCUAUUAACUACCUACGAAUGUUUCUCGCAUUGGAUGUGUCGGAAAGGGCUAGUUAGUGGAGACGGGUUUGCAUAAACCUCGUACAGCAAAAACAUUGGUCAGCUAACUCUUCCCUAUUGCGUCAUGGCUUAAAAGGUACUCGUCGUUGGUCCGCUACCCGUCAAUCAGCAGUUACCGAUAAAUUAACGGUGUCGCCCGUAGCGUAUAUGCCCACUUCUUUUUUUAACAAUACGAAGGCGUUGCGGUGAACUAGAGCUGGCCUACAGGUCGGGACUCGAUUGGCGUCACCGUUGCAACUCUUUCCACUAUUAGCCGAUCCUGGCACUGAUAUGAUAAUUUUGUUAAGAUCGUCGAGAAAGCAAUUUAUCGAGUGGAGUUGUUCCAUGACAUGUGCGCGUAAAGCGAAAACAGUACCGACGGCACUAAUGGCCCUGCUGCUUGUCUGUUCUGUCUCGUUGUUCUUUUCUCUUACGUUCAGUUGAUAAGACAAACAGGCAGACCUUGUCUAUCUGUUAAUUUAUUACCAAGACUAUAUACGACGUCUGUGAUAGUGCGCUUUCAGCAGCAGGCCACAUGCCGAAUUUGUGUGGUCUGGACGGCAUGUGGUGAUUGCAUUCUGUUACGCUUUUAUCAAUGAAAAGUGAAAUCUAACAAACCGUCAAAUCUCUAGAUCCAAAGCCAAUGCAUCAGAGCAGCUCAACGCGAUACAACGAUACUGCUCAACUUUCCAAUUACUACUUCGACUGUGAACUACAGCAGUAAGAGAAUACAGCUGCCCCGGACAUCGGCGACACAGAUCACAUUCACUCUGAGCCAUUCCGCCCUUCUCCUUCGGACCUUCCGGUUCGACAACUUAAAGGAAUAAAGCGCGUUCGUCGAAGCCCUCGGCGGCGGCGGUGGCGGUACGACCGGGCGUGCGUCAACGGAGAGACCGCGGAUUUGUAAUGGAGUUUGUGUUGGGAGGGGUAGCUGCUGCUGGAGCGGGCUUUUUCACCAAUCCCCUCGACGUAGUCAAGACCCGUAUCCAACUACAAGGCGAGCUUCAGAAUCGAGGCACUUAUAAGGUACAUUACAAUAAUACGCUGCACGCAUGCUACCAGAUCGCAAAACACGACGGUGUGUUAGCCUUGCAGUCAGGCAUGGGACCUGCCCUGUGGUUUCAGUUUGUUAUGAACGGCACUCGAUUGGGCACUUACUCGAUCCUGAACAGUUUUGGCUUAACGCGAAAUCAUCGACACGAACUUUCUUACCCAAAAAAUGUCCUAUGUGGCGCUUUUUCAGGGGCGAUUGGCUCCUUUAUCGGCAGUCCCCUGUAUCUCGUCAAAACGCAGAUUCAGUCUCAAUCAUUGAGUCAAAAUAUUGCUGUAGGGUUCCAGCACAAGCAUGCUAGUGUGACUCAAGCGUUUUUAAGUGUGUACCGUAAAGGGGGUUGCUUUGGUUUAUGGCGUGGGGCGAAUGCAGCUAUGGUAAGGGUGUCCGCCGGUUCUGCCAUUCAGCUAUCGACAUUUACCACGAUUCAGGAGAAAAUCAUGGAGAACCCCACCAUGGCGCUCUAUCCGAACACAUCAAUACUUAUUGCAAGUUUCGUAGCUGGUAUUGGACUUUGCUUAGCCAUGACUCCGUUUGAUGUCCUCUGUACGCGUCUUUACAAUCAAGGUAUUGAUCCGAAAACUCGUCUUGGAAUUUACUAUUCAGGAUUUUUUGAUUGUUUUAUUAAAAUGGCAAAAACUGAGGGGUUCUGGGGGUUCUACAAAGGCGUUGGUGCUUCUUAUCUUCGCCUUGGCCCCCACACUGUUCUCACGAUGAUGUUCUGGACCAACCUAAAGGAGCAUUACGACAAACUGACGAAUGACUAUGAAUUUCUGGCAUUAACACAACUGAGCGCGGCCAGCCCUGACAAACAAAGAAGUUUAGAUAAUUCAAUUUAAGUAGAAAUUAUCAAAGCCUAGAUAGCUACUGAUAUAUAUAUAUAUGGUAUAUCUGUUAUCGGGUCGGUUGUUCACGGUUUGGCCGUGAGCAUCUCUAUUAGCUCUUCGAAAAAGGCUACAAUAGUGUCUGCGUCACAACGCUACAUGCGGUAAUACAAAGCGGUAGUAUCUUUAACGUCCUGAAUGAAAGGCGCUGUAUAAAAUGAACUUAUUUUUAUGUCAUGAGUAUUGAAUCACGUCUCGAUAGAAACGAGUCUGUAAAUGGUGAAACGGUCAACACUACAUGUACAUAUCACAACAGAUGUAUACACAUAUUAUUUAAUAAAGGAAAAAACGGUUGUUGA